UCUACUCUCUAGGGCAAAAUGAUCUAAUGUAGUCAUCAUUUACACUUUUGUUUGUCAUCAUUCUCUUAUUUACUUGAUUUAGUAGUCAUUAGAUUGGACCAACCAAUCAGUAGAUAUAAUUCGUUAAUUUUCUUUUUGUUUGUGAUAUUUCUCAGUGAUGAUCAAACUUAAGAUGACGAGUCCGAUAUUUAUAUUGUGACGACUAAUCGAGGCGUUUUUCUGAUGAGGAAUUUUUAUCUUCUUUUUUGUUUCAAUCAGAUUUAUUAAAUGUGAUUUUGAUUUUGUUUCAAUCUUCUCUCGUUUAGUGUCCUCGGAAUUUUGUGUUUGUAUUGUCUGUCUGGGUGAUGGAAAAAGAAUUUAAAUGUAGCGAUGAUGAUAACCAAUAAACUCUUUAAAAGAAUGAGGUGGUAAAUAAUCUACCGUUGAUUGCAUCUCAAGCACUUUUGAGCUACAUUUUCUCUUGUUUCUAUCUCUCUAUCGAUCUGUUAUUGUUUUGCAAUUUUUUGGUUUUUUUCUGAUGUUUUAGUUUACUGGUUGCCUCUCAUUGAUUAUCAACAUAUUAUACGAUGGUUAUCUCAUUAGAGCUUUGAGUGUUGCUUUGGUGGUCCUCAGCUCUCUCAUGAGUUCACACUUCUCCCACACCUAGGGAAGUCAGGAUUCGGGCUCAGUAUGAAGGAAACCAAUAUAUCUCAUGAUUGAGAAAGAAAAAGCAAACAAAUUGGCCUUGGCCUAACAAAAGAGAAAUUCUUCAGAGCUUAAGCAAUGGAGGUGGGGCCAGAAAAGAAACGGGAAUUACGUUAAAUGAAGAUAUGAAGUCAAGAUCAACAGUGGUGAAAGCAGUAGUUGCAUCAGAAAAUACUAUUGUAUCAACAGAACCACAAACAAAGAGCAACAACAUACAAGAUUUGGUUUCCCUCGCAGCAGCUGUUACGGAAGUUGUUAGAAGGAUAUCUAGAUUUUCAGUGCGCCGAAAAUCCUGGAAAGAACGGGUUCAAAUGAUGAUAGAAAAGAGUAUAGUUGAUUGUCGAUUCUUUACAUUGUUCGCGGUUGCAGGUUCCUUAUUAGGCUCGGUAUUAUGCUUCAUUGAGGGUGCUUUUUUUAUUCUAGAGUCAUAUAUUGAAUACUUUAAAGCCAUAUCAGAAAAAUCAGAUCAAGGGCAUGUUAUGCAUUUGCUAAUUGAAGCUAUUGAUAUGUUUCUUCUAGGAAGUGCCCUACUUAUUUUUGGGAUGGGAUUGUAUGUUAUGUUUGUGGGAUCAAGGACUAUGAAUAAAGAAAAAGGAGUUUUGAUUUCCGGGUCAAAUUUAUUCGGGCUCUUCCAUCGCAAGGGUCUACCAGCAUGUAUUGGAAUGCAGUCAGUAUCACAAGCCAAGUCAAAAAUUGGGCAUGCAAUAUUGAUGAUACUUCAGGUUGGAGUUCUGGACAAGUUCAAGAAUGUACCUUUGGUUACCGGAGUUGAUCUUGCCUGCUUUGCUGGAGCCAUAUUAGUUUCCUCAGCUUGUGUCUUCCUUUUGUCGAAACUCUCCUUAGAUCAUCAAACAGCAAGUUGAAGAUAACCAACAUCUAUUUAGCAAUUUUUACCGAGUACGUACAGAGCCAAAGGAAAUCUAGUCCAUUAUUCUUUUAAUCAUUUGUCACAAACUGUACAUGUCCUAGGUACAUAUUAAUUUCUUACAGAUGAGGAGUCUGGUGAACGAAAUUAUCUUAGGAUCAAAUAUGUAAUUCUAUGUAGAUAUAAU